GGCGGAGGAGGCAAGAGCCAGCGCGAGGGGAGGGGAAAGAGGCAGCGGGGCGAGCAGCCGGCGGUCGGGCGGCAGCGGCAUGCCCCUCGGUCCGCGCGGGCAGCCUCUUAGCGCGGCGGGGGCGGCUCCAGACGCGCCUGAAACGCAGCGCGCUCAGUCUCGGUCCCGGACCCCUCGGCCCACCUUCCCUGACCACCAUUGAGCCCAGCAGCGGCUGCUCCAGGGCUCCUCUCCGAAAAGCGGCGGCGCCUCGCCGGACAGGGUCCUUGCCUUUCCCGGGGCGCAGGGCCAUGAGCCCUGCAGCCACCUGAAGCACAGGGGGCGCUGCGCGGACCGUGCCCCCGAAGUUCUGCGCCCUUAUCUCUGUACUGCAGGGCGCCGGCGUCCAGCCCCGGCAGAGGCGUCUUCGGAAGAGCGGCCGGGUGGGGCAAUGGAACCCGCGGGCCAGGCCCGGGAGGCCGCCACAAAGCUGUCGGAGGUGGUGGGUGCGGCGUUCCAGGAGCCCCGGCGGCAGCGGCGCCUGGUGCUGGUCAUCGUGUGCGUGGCGCUGUUCCUGGACAACAUGCUGUACAUGGUCAUCGUGCCCAUCGUACCCGACUACAUUGCCCACAUGCGCGGGGGCAGCGAGAACCCCACUCCGGCCCCCGAAGUGUGGGUGCCCACCCUGCUGCCGCCCACUCCAGCCAAUGCCAGUGCCAACAUGGUAAACAGCUCAGAGUCCCCGACGGCCGCUUGGCCGGCCGGGUCUGCCCUGCGGCCCCGCUACCCCACGGAGAGCGAGGACGUGAAGAUUGGGGUGUUGUUUGCCUCCAAGGCCAUCCUGCAGCUGUUGGUGAACCCCUUGAGCGGGCCCUUCAUCGACCGCAUGAGCUACGACGUGCCGCUGCUCAUUGGCCUGGGUGUCAUGUUCGCCUCCACUGUGCUGUUUGCCUUCGCGGAAGACUAUGCCAUGCUCUUCACUGCGCGCAGCCUGCAAGGCCUGGGCUCGGCCUUCGCGGAUACGUCUGGCAUUGCCAUGAUCGCCGAUAAGUAUCCUGAGGAGCCCGAGCGCAGUCGCGCGCUGGGCGUGGCGCUGGCCUUCAUCAGCUUAGGAAGUCUAGUGGCACCGCCCUUCGGGGGCAUCCUCUAUGAGUUCGCGGGCAAGCGCGUGCCCUUUCUGGUGCUCGCUGCUGUGUCACUUCUCGACGCGAUGUUGCUGCUGGCGGUGGCCAAGCCCUUUUCCGCUGCGGCGCGGGCACGGGCCAACCUGCCAGUGGGCACGCCCAUCCACCGCCUCAUGCUGGACCCCUACAUAGCCGUGGUGGCCGGCGCUCUCACUACUUGCAACAUCCCCCUCGCCUUCCUCGAACCCACCAUCGCCACGUGGAUGAAGCACACGAUGGCGGCGUCCGAGUGGGAGAUGGGCAUGGUCUGGCUGCCGGCCUUCGUGCCGCACGUGCUAGGCGUCUACCUCACCGUGCGCCUGGCAGCGCGCUACCCACACCUGCAGUGGCUCUACGGAGCUCUCGGGCUGGCAGUGAUCGGCGCCAGCUCGUGCGUGGUGCCCGCCUGCCGCUCCUUCGCACCACUAGUGGUCUCGCUCUGCGGCCUCUGCUUCGGCAUUGCGUUGGUCGACACGGCUCUGCUGCCCACCCUCGCCUUUCUCGUGGACGUGCGCCACGUCUCGGUCUACGGUAGCGUCUAUGCCAUCGCCGACAUCUCCUAUUCCGUGGCCUAUGCGCUCGGGCCCAUAGUGGCGGGCCACAUCGUGCACUCGCUGGGCUUUACGCAGCUUAGCCUUGGCAUGGGCCUGGUCAACCUGCUCUAUGCCCCUGUCUUGCUGCUACUGCGUAACGUGGGUCUCCUGACGCGCUCCCGCUCCGAGCGCGACGUGCUGCUUGAAGAGCCACCGCAGGGUCUGUACGAUGCCGUGCGCCUGCGUGAGCGCCCUGUAUCUGACCCUGACGGCGCAUCUCGCACCCCACCCGGCCCGUUUGACGAAUGCGAGGACGACUACAACGACUACUACACGCGCAGCUAGCGGCCCCGCUCCUCUUCCAGGCCACCUACGCUUCGGGUCACAGUGCCUGUUCUGUGGGCGCACUAGCCAGCUCAGGCUCAGGGCCCGCCCCUCUCCCCCCUGCGAUUAUCCAAGCGCAAGCCCCUGUCUUGACUCCCCCUACCCGGGUCCCCUUUCCAUGACCCUUUCUGUGUCCCUCCCCCUCUCGUGCAGUGGGGCGAGGAGCCCCGAGGCACGCGAAGCGAUGCUCUCCUGGCACGGAAGAAGAGGAGCUCCGGCCUCCCCCUGGGGGCCACCAUGUGUAGAGCUGUGCGUCUGUCUGUUCCCCCUUCUCUUUCUCUCAAUGCCAACAUGGCCUGCUGCACAGCAGUGUCUCCAGUCCGAAUCAAUAAAUCAUAUCUG